AUGUUUCCCACCCUCGUAAAACCUCUGCAGUCGAACGGCGCAUUUGCGAGAUCACCACGUCAUCGACAUUUAUACACGCGGGCUAUCACAACAAGGUUGAACUGCCAAAUAUGGCAUGAGAGGUCACAUCACACCACACAACAAGCGGGAUAUGAAAAAAUAGUCGGGGCACAGGGCAGGCGGUAUGCCUCAUCGUCAGCAGCACCAGCGAAAAGGACAGGUCACAAUAUCACUGCAGCGCCUCCGCCAUUGAGCAAGACCAACAGCACAAGAGUACCUGCAAAGACAACCCCUUCGCGACCUCUACAAGCAGCACGGAAUUCUCCCUCGUCCGCUCUUCCCCCAGCGCCAGUUCAACAAUCGAAAAGCGCCACCACCCCAACCCUCCGCGCCCUAGAGAAACUCAACCCCCCACCCUUUGCCUACGCCCCCGAAAUCUCCGUUCCAGCGCGAAAAGCCGAUCAAAACUUGAUAAAAUGGCUCUGGACCGCCGGCCGCGCAUACCUCGCCUUCUACAAAAAAGGCAUUUCGCACGUGCGCCAAACCGCUAAACUAGCAAAGUCACUCCGCAAAAAAGCAGCUGCUCACACGCCGAAGAAACCCAUGACUGAGGUCUUGACACGGGCGGAGUGGCAAGUUGUACGACGGAGCAGGCGUGAUGUCCUGCGGCUCCCUGUUUUCGGGGUCUUGGUACUGGUGCUGGGGGAGUGGCUGCCGGUUGUGGUCUUGUACCUCACACCUGUUAUACCAGAGGUGUGUCGUAUACCACGGCAAGUUGAGCGGACGCUACGGAAGAAGGAGGACAAGCGGCAGGAUCGGCUGAGGAAAAUUGGACUGGAGGCUAUGCGGCUGGUGGGGAGGGAUCGGCCCGCCACUACGGUGUCUGCUGAUGCAGCAUCAUCGGCGGUGGCAGGCACAAAGGGGAAGUCAUGGAAGGAUAUGUCGCUUUAUGAACUUUGUGUCUCGGCGGCCAAGUUGGAUGUUUAUCCUGCGGUUUUUGACUGGGUUCCGCUCGCGCCGCCCAAGUUUUGGAUGCAGCGCAAUGUGCGCAGGAAACUAGAAUAUCUAGAGACGGAUUACAAGCUUAUUGAGCGGGAUGGAGGGAUUGGCGGGUUGAAUGCGGAAGAGGUUAAGAGGGCGUGUGUGGAGAGGGGGGUGAAAGUGUUGGGGAGGAAGGAGGAGGAGUUGAGGAGAGCGUUGGCGGGGGUUUGGGCAGAAAUGAAGAGGUAG